AUGGACCGUAAUACAGACAACGCCUCGCGGGCUCUAGAAUUCAACUCGGAUACAGUGGAGUACCCCGAGGUUGUGCAGCAGGGCUGGGGACAAAACCUGUAUCAUGCUGCCCACAGCGUCGAUGAUGGGGCUUGGAAAGGCUCUCAGCAGCAUAAUUUGACGAGCGCUGAGAUGCAGGAGAAGGUGUCGGACGCAGCCGAGCAGCGUGAGAGAGGCCACCGCAUUGCGCGAAUGCCAGUCUGGGCUUUCUGGCUCUUGCUGGGUGCUUUGGGUUUGGUCGUCAUCGGUGCCUCCGUGGGAGGUGCAGUGGGAGGCUCGGCGGCUGUGAGGAGUCACGACAGUAGCAAUGAUUUGAACACUUCUGGUACAUCAUCCAUCCCAUCCGCCUCCUCCGCGAAUCCCUCCUCAUCCAUAGGCUCUACCUCGUCCAUUAGUUCUACCGCCCCAUCUGCGUCUGCGACUGCAUCCACGGAUUGCCCCGGCGUCAACGGAACAGCAUACACUCCAGCGGGGUUUUCGGGACCAAUAAGCCCAGGCACUUACACGCAAGUCUGUGGUGGAAAUGAUACCAAGCCGCGAUGGGUACAAUCGAAUGGACAGCUCACAUCGGCAUUCGUAUCCUCGCUGAAGCCUUGCAUCGACUUAUGCAGCUAUUGGAAUCUCUUAGCCUCAGACCAGACCACGCUUUGCGCCGUGGCGGCUCUCAUACCCGAUGGCAGGCCGCCUUAUAACUGCUGGAUCAGAAACACCUGGAACAACUCGGACGACUUCGAGGAUCGCUACUUGGCUCUUGGAUUCUUGAAUUCUUGA